ACCCUGUUACUGUUCUUUAAUUGGAAAAUGUUUAAAGUUUUAACUUUUAUUUGCACUGUCUUACCUUGAAAGCGAUGAAUCCAGACUUAAUUGAAGUGUUGUAUUUGGCCAAUGCGCUGUCGACACACACUGGUCUUAGUGUACAAGUAUCCUCAUUGAGACAAUGCAAUGCUUGGUUCUAUACGCAAUUACUGACUCAGCUGUUUGACAUCGAGAUGAGCCCCCUAUCCACCGAGACAGCUCGUUGCCAGGCAGUUGUUGACACCCUUAGCAACCACCUCUCUCCUCAAGUCAGUCUAGACCACAUCAAGGGUGCUGCUUUGGCGAUGGGUGACCUGCUCUCAAUUAAGAACCUCCUGGAUAUAUUCUCUGUCCUCUUCUGUCUACCACCCACUACACAGUGUGAGGAGGACCCAGCCAACGACUCUAACCUCAUCUCCACCGAGGGUUUCAGUGUCAUCUCCGAGGUACUGCAUGAAGAGCUGAGAACGGUCCCCCUCACACUUCACACACAGCACAGCUCUACAACUGAUAGCAACUCGACUACUGAAUUGUUGAGACCUGUUCCACCGCUACCAAUACUACUCACGGCUCCUGCUACCACUGCAACUCCUGAUCAACCAAUCAACUUACAGACGACACCCACUCAGUCUCCGGACAGACAGCUCAGAUUAUUGAUGUCCCCUCUCCAUCAAUCCACCCCACACGUUUUCACACAGUCACGAGUUACACAACAUCACACCCCUCACGCCCUCACCUACGACAACAGCCCCCCUCACACUGUCACAGAGGGCACUGUACUCCCAGCAGACUCCACCCACUCCACUGCCGUCCCUGACCUCACAAUCACGGACCUACACACCACACCAGACACGACCCAAGAAGCAGAACAAUCAACUAACUCAUCCAAUCAAUCAGCAACUGUGGAACAAGCAGUGUAUUCUACGGCUACAGGCCAACAAACUACGGCCGCACCUCUGUUAAGGUCAGACACCACUCAGGAUGGCUCCUCUGUUGAUGAUGCUGGGCCACUGGACAAGAGUCGAGAUGAUGUACUGGCCACUCUGUAUACAAACUAUGUCAGUGGGCUGAGGUCAAAGGUCAAGGGCCGAGGAUCUAGGAGUAAGAAACAAGUAACCAUCGCAGUCAGCAGGAAAAACAAGAGAGCCAAGGCUCAUGUGUACCCCAAGCAGAGUAGGGUGGUUGAGACUCCACCCACUUCCUCUGACAGUGAGGACGAACAGCCAGCAGACUUACCAACAGAAUUUGCCAUGGGAGACGAUCUCUUGCCCCUUGUGGAACGGGACUUCCCCUUCCUCCAUGUGAGCCCCUCGAUGAUGAGAAUGCUCUGGCAGAAACAGGUGACUCAGAUACGUGCCCUUACUAAUGAGGGGAUGAGGUCAAGGGGGCGUGGCAUGCAUGGACGAGUGGCUGAGAUAGAGAAGAAACAACAAGCUCUGUUGGGACUCAUUAAGAAGGAGGUGCAACACACUCAAAGAAUGCAAAGAUUGUCAGAGGCUAGGUCUCAGAGACAUGCAGUGGUUGGGAAUGUGGCCAAAAGACGCCAAAAUACAGCACGUGCAAAACGUUACUUCUCAGACUAUGAGCUGGAGUUGAGGGCUAAACUACAGAGACAGAGAACCAGAGAGGAGCAGAUCUUCAAGCGUGCAUUUGAUGGUGGACUGGCACAGCAGCGAGAGAGAGUGAGGGAGCUACGAAGAGUGACCAGGGAACAAGAGAAAGCCGCCAGCAAACAGCAUAGGGACACCCUCGACAAUAUGGAGAACUUCUAUCGUGACCAGUUUGAGAUGCUGUCGGAGUCCAUGGCCAAAGAGAGAGUCAACACGACCAUCAGGGAGAAGGCUCAAAACAAGUUGGUGAGUGGUAUCCGUCGAGAGCUCCGUGGGAAGAUGGAGAAUGAGGUACAAACAUUACAGAGCACGCUGGACAGGGGGGCAGAUAUUACUCACUUCAGAGAACUGGAUGAACUCACACUCAGACACAAGCUAGCUAGUCUAUCAUUCACUGCAAACGUACACCGAACUUGAUUGCUCUAUAUGUUUAGUAAUUUUGUACAUGAAAUAAUUAUUAUUAUUGUCA